AUGGCAAACAUCAGAGAUAAUGGAGAGCAGAGACUUCUGCUGGAAGAGGAUGCCGACAACAAGCCUGGCUACAACGGAGAUGCACCUUCUGAGCAACAGGAGGCGCUAGCCGCACCCAACCACAGCAAUGACGAUGACGAACGCCAUGUCUUUCAAUUUUACAUCUUCAUUUGUCUGUCGACGGCCUUUAAAUCGUUCGAAGCAGGCAUAAUCUCGUCCAUGAUGGCAGAUAUUCAAAAAGAUUUCGAUCUCGGCUACGACCAAGAAGGAACCGUCACGGCUUCGCCCGACUACGGCAUUGCUCCCGGCGCCCUUUUGGCCAUUUGGGUCUUUCGGUGGUUUUCCGCCUACGGCAUCUUGACCACCGUCUUGUGGGGAACUGCCAUUGUCUCGAUUAUUUGUGCCAUUCACCCCACACUGCCGACGCUCUUAAUAGCACGAGCCGUGGGAGGAUUUCUGUGGUCACAUGCCGCCACACACUUUCCGGUAUGGAUUGAUCGCCAUGGUCCUCCGGCACAAAAAACCAUUUGGCUGGCAUUUACCAAUGUGUCGUUAAUGAUUGGAGUGCUGUCGGGAUAUAUUAUGGGUGGUUUGAUUCGAGCGAUGGAUGUCAAUCUCACAUGGGUGAACCUCUACUUUAUUGAAGGGGUACUCAUGGCCGUUUGUGGAGCUAUCUUUGCACUCUUCUUUGAACCAGAGUUGUUCGGAUUGACAAGGAAAGAAGACAGCCCCCAAAAGCACACGACAACAAGCGAACCAAAUAAUGGAACGAAAUCUACCUCGGAAGAAGAUUUGGGGACAGUGAUCUUACUGCUCAUGAAAAGCCCACCUUUUUACUUGGCAGUGGCGCUCACGGGAUGUAUUUCAGGUGGCAUUGUCUACUCGUUGUAUUUUGCCACUCAAGUCUGCGAAGCAAGAGGGAUGACUGUCACCACCACGGUUCAACUCAUCAGUACUGUGUUCAUCACGGCACCUGCACCGGGAAUUAUCUUUGGAUCUUGGAUUGUCAAUAACUUGGAGGAUACACGGACCAUGUCGUCACUUUUGGUGUGUCAUUGGGAUCUGCCAUUAUCGUAUUGA